AUGGAGAAUGUCACCAUUGUGAAUGAAUUCCUUUUACUUGGUCUGACCAGUGUUCCUGAGUUGCAGCCUUUCUUCUUUGCGGUUUUCUUCAUAAUUUACAUGAUAAAUUUGGUUGGAAAUGGAGCUAUAUUAAUCAUUGUUAUCUUGGAACCCAAACUCCACUCCCCUAUGUAUUUUUUUCUGGGAAACCUUUCCUGUCUGGAUAUUUGUUAUUCUUCAGUGACACUGCCCAAGGUGCUUAUAAACCUCCUUUCCACUAGGAAAACCAUAUCCUUCCUAGGCUGUGUUGCUCAGCUCCACUUCUUCCAUUUUCUGGGAAGCACAGAGGCCAUCAUACUAGCUAUCAUGGCCUUUGACCGAUUUACAGCCAUCUGCUACCCACUGUGCUACAUGGUCAUCAUGAACCCCCAGGUGUGCAUUCUGCUAGCAAGUGUAGCAUGGCUCACUAGUUUCUUUUAUGCCCUGAUGCAUUCAGUCAUGACCGCACGCCUGAACUUUUGCCACUCUCAGAAAGUCAAUCACUUCUUCUGUGAUGCCAAGCCCCUCUUGGAAAUGGCUUGCAACAACACACUACUCAGUCAAUGGCUUCUUUCCAUUGUCACAGGCAGCAUAUCCAUGGGAGCUUUCUUCCUGACUCUUCUCUCCUACUUUUACAUUAUUGCCUUCCUUCUGUUCAAGCACCGGUCCUACAGUGCACUACGCAAGGCUCUGUCCACUUGUGCCUCCCAUUUCAUGGUGGUAUGUCUCUUCUAUGGACCUGUGGGCUUCACUUACAUUCACCCUGCCUCAAUAUCCUCUAUGGUUCAGGACCGAAUGGUGGCCAUCAUAUACACUGCUGUCACUCCAGUGCUGAAUCCACUGAUAUAUACCCUUAGUAAUAAGGAAGUUAUGUUGGCUCUGAAGAAAAUAUUUAGGAGGAAGUUUUUGUUUAAAAACUGCCAGCAGCACCACUAG